AGCACCACGCCGAACGAAACCCGCGGCAUGAAACCCAUGGUUGUGGCGGAUACCACUGCCUUGAGGAAGCGGAACAACCACCUCUCGGUGAAGCAUGGCGACAGCCACGUGCAGAUCAAGUCGCCCACUGCAGCGGACAGUGAGGAUGUCCCGGAGGAGCCGCGAAAACGGCCCACCUUUCGACAGAUCGCGACUGCUGUGUGCGGCAAUGUCAAGUUCCGAAGGAAAGGGAAAGCCGGUCCCUUGGACCGUGCGCAGAUGGAGCUCAGUUUCCAUCGCACGGUUUCCAAGAGUUCCGUGUGCACCCUGGCGGGGCGCCUGCGGCGCAGCCUUCCCAAGUUCGGGGAGAUCCAGUUCCAAAGCGGGCUCAUGACGCGGUAUUGCAUCGUGGGUCCCCAGACAGAGCCACAGAAAUUUGUGGACAUGGUGAUGCGAAGUCCUCUGAUCUGGGACCUGGAAGCUCCCCGUUUGCUGCUGAGCAUCGUGGGUGGAGCUGGAGAGAUGAACCUGGACCCUGCCGUGGAAGCCCACUUCUGUGAAGGCCUAGUGGGCGCCGCCAAGCAGACGCAGGGCUGGGUCAUCACAGGUGGCACCAAUAGCGGUGUCAUGGACUUGGUGGGUCGCGCCAUGCAUCGCCAUGACGCGCGGCGCACGGUGCCCUGUAUUGGCGUGACGCCCUUUGGUGCGCUGAAAGACGCCUGGAGAUCCACCCUGGAUGUUGCGGAGGCCUCCGCAGAUGCUGGAGUGGUCGAAGCGCCGUCUGCAUCUUCGAUGGAUGGUGAUCAUUUGCCUGGCCUGCAGGAGCACCACACGCAUGUGGUGCUGGUGGAUGCCGGCAGCCGCCGGGAGGAGGCCUUUGGCACCGAGGUUGACAUGCGGGAAGCGCUUGAAAGAUAUGUCUCAACUGCAGUGAUGAGGGGAAAGCGAACUCGCAGCUUCUGCUUAGAAUCCAACGAGACGCCUAAGAAUAGCCCGUUUAACCAGCGCGAACGUGUGCUGCGCGUUAUGGUGGUGGUGAACGGUGGUCCUGUAUCCUUCACCCUGAUGGACAAGGCCAUUCAGAACGGCUGCCCCGUGGUGGUCUGUAACAACAGCGGCCGCGCGGCAGACUUCAUCGCCUCGCUAAAGCUGGGAGUUUUGACCGACUACGAGGAAGCCUGGAAAAAGCACAUGACAGCUCCUCCGGAUGUCAAGUCCGGCUUGAAGGGCGUGAGAUGUGGGGUGGAAGCGCUUGAACGCAUCGUGAAGAGUUCGUGCGUCAGCGUGUACACCACCAACGACAGGUUGGAGGACACAAUUUUGGCUGCGCUGCGGGGACAAGCUGUGCAGGAUCAAGAGAUGGAUGAGGAGGAGUUGCACGCCUCCUUAGAGAGGCUCUUGGAAUUGGCCGUGCAGUGGAACUGCGAGAAACACUACGUCACCAUUGCGCGCCGAUUAGUGGCGGUCUGUGGAUUUCCCAAGGUGGCACGUUGGAUUUUGCAGCGCUUCUGCUCCGACUGGUCCGAAAAGGAGGUUGAGUCGGCUCCCCUGAUGCGCUGGCUGGUGGCCACCUACAGUGAUUCUCUGAAGCGUUUGGACCUUUCAGAAUUGCCCAGCAGACGUUGGAACCGGGUGGAGAUGCAGCUACAGUCGGAGGUGUCCUCCUUAGCACAUCUCUUCAUAUGGCUCGUGGAAAAUAUGGCGCCGGAGUCGGUGACCGACGUGCUGUGGCUAUGCCUGGACUACCCGGCCCACGGCGCCUUGGCGGCCGCCUCCGUCUGUCGCGACGCGGCGGAGGAGUACCAGAGCCGUGGCGGGAGCUACGGUGAGACCAUGGUGUCCCAGCGCUUGUUGAAACGUGCGAAUCGCUUUGAGGCCAUGGCUAUCCGGCUGUUGCAAGGUCUGGAUCGCGUGGACCCAUUGGAGUACGUCUUCCGGCGUUCCUGGCGAUGGGGAAAUCAUCAUCUCAUCUCUUUGGCGCAUCACCUGGAGUGCAAAGAGUUUGUCUCGCAGCAUUUUUACAACUCCGCGGUGGACCUGCUUUGUGUCACACCCACCCCCUUUGCCGUGUUUGCCUUUGAUAAAGAUGAACAGCGAAGGCAAGCCAACAAGGUGAUGGAACCCUACCAUCAGAUUUUCCUACGUCUUUUCACCAGCUCUUCCAGACACCAACUGAGUUUGCGUGAAUUGAGCUCCAUUCCCAGGGUCAAAGCACUCACACAUGGAGGAUCCAGAGUCACCUUUGUGCUUCUCUACUCGCACUUUGUCCUUUUUUCCGCGGGCUACGAGGCGCUUCUGGAGAGCUGCGUGCUGCUUUUCUGGGGCAUUUCCUUGGCUCUCAUCGAAGUCCUACAGCUUCAGGCCAAAGGCUCCAUCGGUCAGUACAUGAAUAUUUGGAACGGUCUAGACGUGAUCCUGAUUCUCACCUUGCUUAUUGGGCUAGUGCUUUGGUGGUUUUUGGUGCCUUGGGCCCUGUCCGAGCACGCGGUGAACUCGUUUCAUGCCUUGAACUUGUUGCCCUGUUAUGUGCGGUUGCUGCAGAUCUUCGAACUCUCGGAGUAUUUCGGCACGCUUCUCUUCACCGUCUUCGGCAUGGCGCAGGAUACGACGCAGUUCCUGGUGCUGCUGGGGAUCAUUUCGCUGGGCUUCAGCUGUUCCCUGACGCCCAUCUUGUACCCCAGCCGGUCGGCUCGUUGGAGUCAAGGCGUGACGUGGGGUUUCUGGGCCAUCUUCGGGGAUGUGAACCUUGAGGGCACCGAGGAAGAUCUCCACUGGACCGUGAAGAUCUGUGUGAGUUUUUUGCAGUAUCUGCUGUCAUUAGCAUCCAAUGUGCUGCUGGUGAACCUGCUCAUUGCCAUGCUGAACGACACUUAUGUGGCCAACAAGGACUCCUCCAAGCGCGAGUGGGCCUUCAACCGCGUCGAUGCCGUCCUGGAGUUCGCAUCGCCUGAGGCGCAUAUCCUGCCUCCGCCCUUGGACAUCCUCGUGUCCAUCAGACAUCUCUGUGGUGCGGCGAAGCCUUUGAGCCGCAAGGACCAGCUGCAUUACUGCACCCUGACGUCGGUGGUGCCGCUGGGUCCCCACGAGGUGGAAAUCACCAUCGAUGUGAAGGGCGGCGACAUCCAGGCAGCUGAUUCCUCCCUUCUGGCCUGGGAGGAUGUCACCAUGGUCCCCGACGAAGUGUCGGCGGUGGCUAAGACAUGCAACUCUGCCGUCCUGGUCUAUCGCAACGUGGUCCUGUGCAAACCUUUGCAUUUCACCUUCGCUGGUAAGGGCAGCGGCUAUGAGACGGUUCAAGUUUCCCUUGACGAGGACUCGUGGACACGGCCCUUGACGCGCAUGGAGCAGAGACAUAUCGCCUUUCUUCAACAGGAAGUUCUGGAGCAGGAGGCGAACGAUGUGGAGCCCCUCGAGCAGCGCAACGAAGCCUUGGUCGUGGAGACGAACCAGAAAAUGUCGCUGGCAGUGGACGAGAUCACCCGUUUAUCCAAGAACGUGGCGCAUCUUGCCACGCAGCUGCAGCACCAGGUGGAAAAAACCAACGCCCUGCAAGAUGAGAUUCGUCAGCUCAGCGUCAAGCCUGAGUGAGAUCCGUAGCAGGCGGCGGAAUCGGCCACAAGUGCCUCACGAGAUCGGCUGUCGGCUGUCGCCUGGUGCAAGGUCAGCGGACGGUUC